AUGGCUUCCAGAUUAGAGGAGGAUCUCUGCUGUCCCAUCUGUCAUGACGUCUUUAGAGAUCCUGUUCUUCUGUCAUGUAGCCACAGCUUCUGUAAAGACUGUGUGAAGAGAUGGUGGAGAGAGAAACAAACACGUGAGUGUCCACUUUGUAAUAGAAGAUCUUCAAGGGAUGAACCACCUUGUAACUUGGUGUUAAAGAACCUGUGUGAGAGUUUCUUACAGGAGAGAGAUCAGAGAGCUUCAGAGGAUCUCUGCAGUCUGCACGCUGAGAAACUCAAACUCUUCUGUCUGGACCAUCAGCAGUCAGUGUGUGUGGUCUGCAGAGAUUCAGAGAAACACAGUGACCACAGAAUCAGACCCAUCGAUGAAGCUGCACGAAAACACAAGAAGGAACUUCAGGAAACUCUGCAGCCCUUAAAGAAGAAGUUAGAGGCUUUAGAAGAAGUUAAAGUGAAGUCUGAUCAAACAGCAGGACACAUGAAGGUCCAGGCCCGACGCACAGAGACACAGAUUAAGGAGCAGUUUAAGAAGCUGCACCAGUUUCUAGAAGAGCAAGAGGAGGCCAGGGUGGCUGCACUGAGGGAGGAAGAGGAGCAGAAGAGUGUGAUGAUGAAGGAGAAGAUGGAGGCUCUGAGCAGAGAGAUAGCAGCUCUUUCACACACAGUCAGAACCACAGAGGAGCAGCUGAGAGCUGAAGACGUCUCAUUCCUGCACAACUACAGGACUGCAGUGCAGAGAGUCCAGCUGCAGCGCCCCCUGCUGGAGGCUCCACAGCUGCUCUCAGGAGCUCUGAUAGACCAGGCCAAACACCUGGGCAACCUCACCUUCAACAUCUGGAACAAGAUGAAGGAGAUGGUCUCCUACUCUCCGCUGAUUCUGGACCCAAACACUGCUGGUGCAAACCUCAUCCUGUCUGAAGAUCUGACCAGUGUGAGAGGAGGAGAGAGACGGCAGCUCCCUGAUAAUCCAGAGAGGACUGUUAAACACUGCUCUGUCCUGAGCUCCGAGGGCUUUAACUCAGGGACUCACAGCUGGGACGUCCAGGUUGGAGACAGUACAGUCUGGUCACUGGGUGUGUUAGAAGAGUCUGUCCAGAGGAAGGGACACAUACAGUCUGGAUUAUGGAGAAUAGUGUUCUAUGAAGAUAAAUACUUUGCACAGUCAUCACCAGAUCCACUCACUGUUCUCGGAGUGCAGAAGAAGCUCCAGAGGAUCAGAGUGAAUCUGGACUGGAACAGAGGGAAGUUGUCGUUCUCUGAUGCUGACACUAACACACACAUACACACCUUCACACACACUUUCACUGAGAGGAUGUAUCCAUAUAUUGGCAGUGUUGAUAAUCUGAAGAUAUUACCACUGAAGGUCUGUGUAACAGUGGAACAGAGCAGUUAG